AAAAAAAAAAAAAACCGAAGCAAAGAUCCCUGGCAGCUCCCAAAAAUUUCAGUAUCCAACUCAACAAAUCACUCUUCCAGACAUACUUUGAUCGCACAAGAGUAGAAUCCUCUCCCAAAAUUUCAGUUCCCAAAUUUGGAGAUUUUCUUCGGAGCCAGCCCUAACGCUGCCCCUCGCUCUUCACCCAGACCAGCGGAACGAUGAACACGAAGCUACAACUCUCGUUAAAGCUCACCGCCGGAAAUGGCGUCGCUUCCAGCCUCAGCCGGCGUCUCUUGCACGACGGACCGGACACCGUGGAGGAGCUCCUGGACCGGCACCUAGUGAAGAAAGAUAAAUCCGUCGACGACGAAGAGGACGAACUGUCGGCGAGGCGGCGACUCACCAGCACUCGGCGGGAGGCGCUGAGUCUCUACCGAGACAUCCUCCGAGCGACCCGCUUCUUCACGUGGCCCGACUCGCGGGGCGUGCUGUGGCGAGACGUCCUCAGAGAGAACGCCCGAAAGGAGUUUGAAGACGCCCGUUUCGAAACGGAUCCUGAAAUCGUGACUCGGUUGGUCAUUGGUGGGCGUGACGCGGUCCAAUCGGCUCUGGAUAAGCUCAUCGAGAAGCAAAGGCAGGAGAUUGAACAGGAACGUAGCGGCGGGGAUCGCCGGUGAUUGCUUAGGUUUUUUUUAUUUUUUUAUUUCCCUUCUCUAAUCUAUUAAUGAUAUUGUAUAAUGUUACUGGAAUUGAAUAA